AUGAUUUUUCUGAUAUUUUUGGCAACAUUAUCGUCCGCGCAUCCUUCAAAAAACUCCGAUGAAAUCACUGAAAAACCAAACACAAAGAUAGAUGAAAUGACCCAAACUAGCAGUGGUCAUGGGAACACAGCGGAUAAAGCGUUUGACCUAACCCCAGCAGACAUUCAUUAUUUGCAAGCAAUAACAGAUAUUGCUAAUGUUCCGUUAGACGUCUUACAAAAUUUUGAUCUACAGCUUAAUAUGGACGAUAAUCAUCCACGGAACCCGCCACCUCCAAUUACACCUCAGCCGUAUUCAAUUCCACCAUAUCGAAGACCAACAACGCCAGGAUACUAUGAUCCAUACUAUCCGUAUGACAAAAAUUUGGAAAAGAAAACGUCAAAUGCUGUAGCACUUGGUCUCGGAAUCGGAAUCCCACUUGGAAUAAUUGCUACAGUAAUUGUCGUUCUCACAAUUUUAUGGUGUCGAAGAAGGCAAAUGCAGAGGAGGCCAAUAUUACCGUAUCCAUUCUACAAACAUUCUAACGAUUAUAAGACACAAUUGGACAGUCCGGCGUACUCGAUGCAUGAUCCAUGGAUAUUGGACAGAAACUUAUUGGAAAUCGACUAUAACAAAAAAUUGGGAAGCGGAGCAUUUUGCAAUGUGUUUAUUGGUAAAAUCAAUGGUGAAGCUCCAGUCACACAUAUUUAUCCUGGAGUGAGAACUCAGAAUUUGGUAAAUUGUUCCGUUGCUGUGAAAAUGUUACCUUCAUUUGCUGAUGAUAUAGCAAGAUCAGAUUUUAUGCAGGAAAUCAAUUUUAUGAAAGCAUUGGCCUAUCAUCCCCAUUUAGUGUCGAUGCUAGGUUUUGUGCACGAUAAGAAAUCACCGUAUUUACUAGUCGAGCUCUGCGAGAAGGGUGAUUUAUUACAUUUGAUAAGGAGUCGGCGAGAUGAAAUUAUUGAGGGCCCAAGUGCGCACCCGGACGGUUUGAAGAUCAAAGAUCUGCUAAUGUUUUCAUGGCAAAUAAGCAACGGAUUGGAAUAUUUGAAUAGUAUUGGAUGCAUUCACAGAGACAUUGCAGCGCGUAAUGUUCUUGUGGAUAGCAGCAACACAUGUAAAAUUGGAGAUUUCGGUCUUUGUCGAUUGACAGAUUCAUUAUUGUAUACGGCAAGAGGUGGAAGGCUGCCAUUAAAGUGGAUGGCUCCAGAAUCACUUGCCAGUUUUGAAUACUCCUUCAAAAGCGACGUAUGGUCGUACGGUGUUCUUCUAUGGGAACUCUUUUCUCUUGGCGAAGUGCCUUAUGCUGAUAUUCAGACUACUGAUUUACUGACAUAUCACCGAUCUGGUAAACGAUUAGAAAAACCGACAUAUUGUCCGAACGAGAUAUAUCAAAUAAUGACGUCUUGUUGCUUGCUGGAAACCAACGAUCGACCUUCAUUCCAGCACAUUUGCUCACUUCUCGCCAUGAUGCUCGAAUCAGCAACAGAGAAUUAUGGUUAUCUCGUUCCGACGUCGAAAGCAGCUGCAGCGGCGACGGAACCAUCAUCAGCGGUUCGGGAAAUGGACGAACAAUGUGAUGAUGUGUAG